UCGCCAGUGAAGAUGCAAUCAGUUGUUGAUCGGACGAGCAAAAGAACGGUUUACUUCGAUAUUGGUUUGGUUUGUUUGGCUCAAAAAGAAUGAAGGCUUAUCAAAUUGGUUUACUUGCUGUGUUUGCAGCUUGCCUGCUGUUGGCUUCGCCUAGUGAGGCCAAGCGACGUAAGCAUAAAGGAGAUGACCAUCAUCAUCAUGAUCAUCAUGACCAUCAUCAUGAUAAGACCAAGACCAAAACAAAAUGGUCAACUUCCACCGAUUUGGCUGGCAAUACUCAAGUGUCUACAGAGGAACAUGGCUAUUAUGUGAAACGCACUUAUGCCCCAUCGAGUGAUAUGACCAAGAAACGUCAGUGUCCCAAUUUCCUGGCCAUUCCAAUUGCCUGGUUUAGUCCUGCAGCCAAUGCCCAUAUGAUGCCAUCCAUCAACAGUGCUGCCCAAUCCCUGAGCGAAGGUUAUCUCUGCGAUGACGAUUGUGUCGAUCUGUAUGAACCAAUUUGCGGCAAGACACCGCAUGAGGUGGCCGUCUUCUAUAACCAAUGCAAAUUGAAUGUGGCCAAGUGCCGCUCGCAUGGCCUCUGGACAGAUUUCGCCUACGAGCUAUGCCAGCAAACUUAUCCCAAGGAGACAGCCUACGCAGAUAAGAAAUUCAAGGCAUCGCCCUUCUAUAGAGACAAUGCCACUGUGGCAGCUGAGGAGCAGAAGGAGCAAGAGAAUAAGGAUAAGGACAAGGAUCAGGAAAUGGAUAACAGCAGCGACAGCAGUGAGGAAAACCAGAACCACAAGUCUGAUACACCCAUGGAACCUUUGGUUCUUCCUUUAGUUCAAGAGGCUGCCUCGAUUCCAGUGCCCAUGGAGAGUGUUGCCAUGCCACCCAUGCCAGUGAAGACCUCAACUCAGGGACCCUUAUUGGCCGCCAUGUCAACGGUCGCCGAUGUGAUCAAUGCCAAGGUGACCGAAGCUGUAAAAGCCACAAAUGCUCAUCCAGCCCAGGUUAUGGCCAAGGAGGAGCAUCCUGCCACAAAAGUUGAUCAGGACAAACUCAAGUAUUUGGUAGCCUAAAUAAAGAGAAACUUGAUAUUUAAUAUUUAUUCUAGUUUAAGACAAAUGACAAUAAAAAAACGCAGAAAAUUCUCAACACUA